GCGUAAAGUUGGGAAGGGGCUCCGGACGCACCGCGCAGCACUUACUAUCCCACAGGCUCCAUGUGCGUCACCUCAGCGGGAUACUUGACAAGGAUUUCUGAUAUUUUGAUACCCGCGCGGGUCACUGACAGAGGGAAACAGUUUCGUUUUGUGGAUGUUAAGUGGCUCUCCCUUGAACAGGUCAUCUGUCCCGGAGCGCAAAGGGGGGACAUGGGUCAAAUUUAUGGUCCGACUCUUUUACCAUUUGGCGCAAUCUGUGCUUUUUUCCUGUGGGAAUCUGGUGCCAGCUCUAUCAGGACGACGCACGCUGUAGACACCUCCAAGGCAGAGUGUCCGGAUAGUAAAAUCUUGACGGUGGCGUAUCCCUGUAUCAGAUCCGGGGGGAAGAACAGCACUUGUUUCAGGAGGAAAUGCUGUGAGGGGUUCAGGUUUGUGAUGGGCCAGUGCGUACCUGAAAGCGUGGACGUGUGUGCGGCGUCGCCCUGCGAGCAGCAGUGCACUGAUAACUUUGGACGAGUUGUCUGCACGUGUUACCCCGGAUAUCGCUUCGACCGAGAGAGACACCGCAGCCAUAAAUCUCCUUACUGCCUGGACAUUGAUGAGUGUGCGGUCUCGGGCGGCAGCGUGUGUGACCAUGAGUGUGUGAACACUGCAGGCAGCUUUGUGUGUCGCUGCCACAGUGGUUACAUACUAGCACCGGACCAGCGCUCCUGCAUCCCCGUGCAUAACUUGAGCUCAUCGGGGAAGUCAGACACCCUGAUGAGCGCGGGAACCUGCUCGUUUACCUGUCAGGAUUUUAUGAACAUGAAAAACAAUCUGCUCCAGCUAAAACUCCGUCUAGGAAACACACAGUCACCCAACCAGGUACCUGGUCUGGCCAACAGCAGUGAUAAACCAUCUCUGGGACGACCUGGAAAAAGUCCCGAUAGCCCUUGUCUUCCAGGUCUACAAGGCCCCCCAGGAGCUCCUGGGGUCCCAGGACACCCAGGAGAGCCUGGAAAGAAAGGGGACCUAGGAGAGAAGGGCCCUCCGGGUCCUCAGGGUCCACGGGGAGACAUGGGACCCAUGGGUCCAGAACCUGACCUGAGGCAUAUAAAGCGAGGCCGUAGGGGGGCAGUGGGGCCACCGGGGGCACCAGGAAGAGACGGAUUAAAGGGUGACAGAGGAGCUCCUGGUCCCAGGGGUCCACCUGGACCACCCGGCUCGUUCGACUUCCUUCUGCUAAUGAUGGCCGACAUCCGCAAUGACAUCAUCGAACUGCAGGAGAAGGUGUUCGGGGAGCGACGGGGCAUCUCUCUGGACAGUCCUCCUCACUCCAGCGGGGAAAUGGAUUUUGUAGAGUGGGGCUCUGGGCAAGGAGAUCACAUGCUCAACACCUGACCUUCGACACCUCAUUUGAACCCAGCAAAACCAAACCCCCAGGCCCGACACUUUGUUUUGUGGAUAUUAGACACCACUAGUCAAAGUAUCACAUGUACAUAUUUCCUAACUUCACGUGUGGGACAAACGGGACGAGGAGACGGAACUGAACUCUCAUCAUUGCCGCAGACAGUAAAACUGAGAGACGCGAGAAUUAUAAAUGAGACCCUCCUGACCACUGCGACUUUUUUCUGCAGCCACUUUGCUGCCUUUUCAGAUGCCGUGGACGUGAGAGAGAUAUGUGCGUGCGGCGCAUAGAGUGACAAAGAUGCAGCGUGAGCCUUUAUGUCUGAGUCUCUGAGCUGUGCCUUGAGCUGAACCACUUCAAACGACUAACUCUAUCGUCUACAUCUCUUCCUGUUCCUGAGUCUGACCGUGGAAGCUUUGCUGUGCUGCUGACAGUCUGCCUGCAGGGCAUCGGUUUAAAAACCUGGGACCUGCGCUGGUAGCGCUCUCCCGCACCUGCCUGGGUGUACGGCUCUGAGUUAUGAGUGUGCACGCUCACAAACUAAUCAGUGAGAUUCUUGAGUGUGAUGUUGUUUAAACUGUACACAGUAUUAUAGGAAACAGUUUUAGACAAUAAAAACCGAAAUGACUACCCGCAGUGAAAAAGAUGUUGGCAGAUACAGGGUCAUAUUUAAAAUCUCUUCUAUAACCCGUAAAAAUUGACUGUGAACAUUUUCUUAAUGUGAACACAUUUAUGCAGAUAUACAUACUGUACAUAUCCUCUAGUAGAGAGUUGACCCACACAUGGCAAACAUGAAUAUGGAAGGCUUGAAUACUUGCCACUCCAUGCCAUUUACUUCAGCUUGUCUGUAAGGGGAAAUACCAUCACAUAUUCUGGCAAAAGACCUGCAUAAAAAAGGGGUUUCGACCAUAUUUUCCCCCGUUUGACCGCUCAUAUUGUCGUAGUAAAUAAUGUAAGAGGCACAUUAAGAUUGAUGAGGUUGUUCAGCACUAUAAAUCAUUGAUUAAAGUGGUUAUUUUCAGUAUGUUUUACAGUUUGAGCAGCAUUCAAUGCGCGCAGUAUGUAUCCUGUCCUAUAUGACCACGCCAGCCCUGCUGAAAGAACGUGGUAGCUGUCACAAUCCUCAUUGUAUCGCACAACCGACAUGUGCAAAACGUGUGCACCAUAUGACUGUAGAAAGGUCUGAUGGCCCUCAUUCUCUUUAGUCUUCGUCAGCUGAAUUUCAGUGCUGUAUUUAAAGGUAUAACAGUAAUAAUACUACUACUAAUAAUAAUAAUAAUAGUAAUCCUCAUCACAAUUAUAAUAAUAAUACCUCUAUCUGUGUUUUUCUACCCAAAGCUUUGAUAAUUUACAACAUUAAUGUCAUCAGCAGGCAUAGGCUUUUGCAUGGUAAGCCUCUGCAGUGGCUGUAAAUGAGCCACUAAGCAGGUUUUUACAACGCAUUCUGCAUCAGUGAUUACAAUUCCUGUGCGCAUUUACUCUGAGAUACCAGCAGAGGGUGCUAAGUCACAGAUAAUCUCCUAAAACAGCAAGGUAGCUAUUCACCUCACCAAAGUGAGUUUUCAGAGCACGACAUCAUCGCAUAAUUACCAUCCGCAAAUAUUCAAAGUUUUUCUAUUGCGUGACUUAUUGAAAAUAGCUAAAUCAUCCUAGCAUUUAUGUGCAAAGCAGAUGCUCCUGCUCAUUAUCUCCAGCAAUGCCUGUUGAAGCAUAGCGUGGCUGCGUAUCAUUAUGAGAGGUGUAAGUAUCCUGGGUCAGAGGUCAAAUGCCUGGGUAUAAACAGCUGGAGAGAUAAUUAUAGACUUCACGCUGUCAGCGGGGGCCUGUUAGGGCCUGAGCCCACCACCGAGGUGAUGGUUGAACCAGAGUGUGUCUGAAAGAUAAAUGUUUGAUCCGUGUUGACGUCGUCAGGCUUAUCGUUUGCUUAUGUUUGAUGCCCUUUCUCUCCCCAUGGGAAGAUUCUGCUAAGGUGUUGCGCAGGGCGACCGAUGCCAUUCAUAUUUCAGUUUCAGCUCAUCAUUAAAUGCUUUGGGCGUUCGUGCGUGUGCGUCCCGAUACCUGCAUCAAGUGUGCCUGUGUGUCACUUGACAGGCUUCUCAUCUGACGGCUCCGCCCCCUGUCGUGCGGUCAGUGCUCACAGUGCGGCCGUUGCCGGGGCAAUGGGGAUCAGGAAAAACAACACGAAACAAUUUUUGAAGCGUGUCAGUAAGAGAAAGGCAGGAGACUGAAUGAGAUUAUCUCAUUUCCUUCACCACUUGUCAUGCGACUGGAGGCCUCCCUCUCAGCCUGUAGGGGACAGCAGAGACAAGGUCAAAGGAAUGCAACCCCACACACGAAGUUCACAUACCAUCACUGACAAUGGAUCUGCCACUGCCAUUAGAAUAACAGUAGCAGGAAGUGACCCAUUUUCUGUCUGACAAUAAAUUAAUCAUGUUUCAUUUAAUACCGUAGAGUGCAUAAAAGUCAUCACACGUACCGCUGUUCGUCCCGCAAGGAAUCCUAAAAAUGUAACAUUAUGCGCCUUCUAAAAAUGCGCUCUGUUUAUCUCUUUAUAUAACUCCUCCAACAAUCGUAUCUCUGACUAUCAGUGACACGACAGAUUUUACAGAAGUAUUCUGAAUCCAGGUGGCUGGGAUGCCAGACGCUGUUGAUGCUGCACGGCGAGUGUGUUACUACUUGCUGGCAUCUUCAGAUGAGAAUGAAGAUACGGCAGAUAAAAUUUGGCCAGAUGUUUCCUAGUAUGCGAAGAAUUUCCGCACUGGCACACUAUGGUCGUCCAUAAAUACACCUCAUGCACGACAGGGCCGUCACUUCAAACAGUCUGGCCCUGUUAUGCGAGUAUGCGCACAUAAGAGUGGCUCGUGUGCAUGUCUGCGUUUUGUAAAUGGAAGCGUGUGUUCAGUUCGCAAGUGUAAAAUAAGUAAGUUCCCGGUUUGUGUGUGUGUGUGUGUGGGUUUCUUUUCAUUCUGUUACCAUAUUUGAGCUUCAGUAUUUGUUCUUAAACCGACUCCGACUCAUUAUUACAGGACCGUGACAGUGGUUUUACAAAAAGUAAAUUAUGUAUUGUGCUCUUUGCUCCCUUGUAUAUAAAUGUGUGUGUAUAAAUACGGCAUAUACAUGGAAAAUAAAGCCGCUUUUAUUAGAUUUCA